UUCUCCCUUAGUUAGUCACUUCUUGGAGUUAUUAUUGUCAUCUCUACUUAAGGUCUGAGGCCGUAAUAUUGUAAUCUACUGAUCAACUUAAAUUAUAUUAACCAGGGGUGUCAAUUUUCACAUCGUCUUCAUGGGACAAAUUACUUCCACACUACAACCAUUACCACCACCACCACCACCAUCAUCACUUUUUGAGGACAAAUCUAAACUCUGUUUUACAUCUAAAGAAACCCCCCUCAACAACAAAACAAGAAAAUGGAUAAAGAUGAUUUGGUUCAAAGGGCUAAGUUGGCCGAACAAGCUGAAAGGUAUGAUGACAUGUCUCAGGCCAUGAAACAAGUCACCGAGACAGGAGUCGAAUUGAGCAAUGAAGAGAGGAACCUUUUAUCCGUUGCCUACAAGAAUGUUGUUGGUGCUCGCCGAUCAUCGUGGAGAGUCAUCUCAAGUAUAGAACAAAAGACUGAGGGAAGUGAGAGAAAACAGCAGAUGGCUCGAGAAUACCGAGGAAAAGUGGAGAAGGAAUUGAUAGAAAUUUGCGACGAAGUCUUGGCUCUCCUAGAUAAAUAUUUAAUAAGCAAGGCAAGUAAUGCGGAGAGCAAAGUAUUCUACUUAAAAAUGAAAGGUGAUUAUUAUCGGUAUUUGGCAGAAGUAGCCACUGGAGAUCAGAGAAACAAGGUGGUGGAAGAAUCUCAAAAAGCAUACCAGGAAGCUUUUGAUAUAAGUAAGAGUAAAAUGCAACCAACACAUCCCAUUCGUCUGGGCCUUGCCCUUAACUUCUCCGUGUUUUACUACGAAAUCCUCAAUUCACCUGAUAAGGCUUGUCAACUUGCGAAGCAGGCAUUCGAUGACGCCAUUGCCGAAUUGGACACACUUAAUGAAGACUCUUAUAAAGAUAGUACGCUCAUAAUGCAGCUCCUCAGAGAUAAUCUUACGCUCUGGACAUCAGAUACACAAGGGGAUGGAGAUGAACAACAGGAGGGUGAAGCCAAUUGAUAGUCUAAAAUUAAACCCUGCUGCUCCCUUUUUUUUCUUCUGUGUUCUAUCUAAGGAUAAUCCUUAUCAUUUUUAUCAUUUCUUUCUUUUCUUCCUUAAAUCAGAAUAUCCCCUGUAUCAAUGAACUACAAUAAUAAAAAAGAACAGUGAAUGAUUAACAGAUUUCGAUUUAGAUCAACUGUUUGGAUUAUCUAAUUUA